GUGUUGAACUGGGAUGGGAAUAAUAAAAUAAAAUGACAAUUUCUCAUUCUACUAUUAAAAACAUCUGGGUUUCUGGCUAAAUAAAUAUUUAAUAAACAGUUAGAAAUCAAUACAUUAUUCACCUACAUUAAAAAGUGAUUUGAUUGUUUUUUUCUUGGACCAAUCACAAAGUCUUUUCUUUAUUUAACUUAAGUUAUUUAACUUAAGAGUUAAUAGCUUUAAUGUCUUAUUUUUGUCAAUGUUUUUUUAAACAUUAUUGCUAUAACAACUGCUUCUCAUUAAAUAAACUAAAAAAAGAAUUCAAUAGGACAUUCUGGUUUGCAUUCUUCAGAAUAAUAAUUGAACACACAUAUAUCCACAAAUCUCCUGUUCCUUUCCUUCGCGGAAACAGAAAAUUGGAUAUAUCAGUCUGAAAGAAUCUCUCCUCUAAAGUAAGUUCACUAUGGUAACGGCUAAAGGCAACUUUGAGCAACCAAGUAACAAUGCUUUGCAAUUACAGUACAGCGCUUAAACUCUUUAUAGUUUCCCCAUCUGCUGUUUGCUUUCCAUUCAACUAGCAAACAGUAUCUCCUUGUUCAUACUGUGAUUCCAACUCUUUUUCCUCUCCUAAUUUCAAUUCUACUCCAAAGGCCUUGGAUAGGAAGUCCUUUGGUCUCCCUCCCUCUUUCUUCCCCCCUCCCUUUCUUCAAUUACCUCAUACAUGGGCUGGCAGUUUCUACGUCUAGGCAUGCAUUUGUUUAAGAAACACACCCAAGUGUAGUGUGCUGUGCUGUAUAUGGAAGCAAGUUCAGCUGUUGCUGGUUAGUGCAGUUCAGUUCAGAAUGCAAAUGAAAGGAAAAGGCACAGCAGCUAGAAAAUCAUCUUUUCUGUUGCAGAAAGAAAUUAUUUAGAUAGGUCUUUUCUUAAGCUAAAAGUGAGGGAUAUGUAUUUGGAUAUACACAAAAUAAUAUAGAACCGUGCUAGCCAACUGUAUUGGCACCAGGAGGAGGAAAUAUAAAGAAAAAGCCUCUGAAGUUUUACUCUCUUUCAGAAAAGAGUCAUCAGAAGUUCACUUGAAAAUGAAGACAGUCCCAUGGAUUUGGAGUUUCUUAAUAAUGCUAUUAUCAAAUGGAUAUUAUACAGUAGAGACUACACUUAAAAAAUCCUUUCCUAAACGAAAUCCACGUUCUACAGAAGAGGGUGAGGAAGGGAAAAAGUGUGGCUACACAUUUAUUGUUCCAGAACAAAAAAUAACUGGACCAAUUUGUGUCAACACUAAAGGCCCAAGUCCAGGAAACAAAAAAGAUGAAAUUACUAGGAUGGAUAUUGAGAAUUUGAAAGAAGUAUUAUUCAAGCAAAAGCGAGAGAUUGAUCUCUUGCAAUUAGUGGUGGAUGUGGAUGGAAAUAUAGUAAAUGAAGUAAAAUUGCUGAGAAAAGAGAGUCGUAACAUGAAUUCACGUGUUACUCAGCUGUAUAUGCAGCUCUUGCAUGAGAUAAUUCGCAAACGAGACAAUUCACUGGAGCUUUCCCAGCUGGAAAACAAAAUCCUCAAUGUUACAACUGAAAUGUUGAAGAUGGCAUCAAGGUACAGAGAGCUUGAAAUAAAAUACGCAGCGCUAACUGACCUUGUAAAUAAUCAAUCAGUCAUCAUCACACUUUUGGAAGAACAAUGUCUGCGAAUAUUCUCACGGCAGGAUGCACAUGGUUCACCGCCACUAGUUCCAGUGGUGCCUCAUCACAUUCCUAAUAAUCCACAAUACAACCCUACAUUGCUCGGAAGCAAUGAAAUUCAGAGAGAUCCAGGUUAUCCUAGAGAGAGAGAUGUAAAGCCACCCCCUGAUCCAGUUACUUCUCCUACAAAAAGUCCUUUCAAGAUUCCACCAUUAACUUUAAUAAAUGAAGGCCCAUUCAAAGACUGUCAUCAAGCCAAACAAACCGGCUAUUCCAGCAGUGGGAUUUAUAUGAUCAAGACUGAAAACAGUCAUGGACCAGUGCAGUUAUGGUGUGAGAACAGCCUUGAUCCUGGGGGCUGGACAGUUAUUCAAAAAAGAACAGAUGGUUCAGUGAACUUCUUCACCAACUGGGACAAUUAUAAGAAAGGGUUUGGAAAUGUUGCUGGGGAAUACUGGCUGGGACUGGAAAAUAUUUACUUGCUCUCCAAUCAGGAUAAUUACAGACUUCUGAUUGAGUUAGAAGAUUGGAGUAAUAAGAAAGUCUAUGCAGAAUACAGCAGUUUUCGAUUGGAGCCAGAGAGUGAAUAUUAUCGACUACGUUUAGGCACAUAUCAAGGGAAUGCUGGUGAUUCCAUGAUAUGGCACAAUGGAAAACAAUUUACAACACUGGACAGAGACAGAGAUAUGCACACAGGAAAUUGUGCCCACUUUCAUAAAGGAGGUUGGUGGUACAAUGCUUGUGCUCAUUCUAAUCUCAAUGGAGUAUGGUAUAGAGGAGGACACUACAGAAGCAAACAUCAGGAUGGGAUUUUUUGGGCCGAAUACAGAGGAGGUUCAUAUUCACUGAAAGCAGUUCAGAUGAUGAUUAGACCUAUUGAUUGAGACUAUGAAAAUGUUUUUUAAAAAAUAACCCUUGAGUUUGAUGCAGAUGUCAUUUUUCAAGAUCUUUGGAGAACUCUACCAAGUAUUUUUUUAAAUCCUCACUAUAUUAUAUAUGUUACCGUAAUUAUAUACAUUUUAAUUACAGAACAAAAUUGAAGGCUGCAUUUAAAAUAAUACUGUAUUCAUAUAAGAUAUGAAUAUUAACUGCAGCUAUUAAACUUACCAGUUUUUCAAGAUCAGGAGGAGAAAUUAAUUGAUGUAAAAUGACUACCUUUUAAAGCUCAAGUAUGAAACAUUUUUCUUACGUGUUAAAUAGCCAAAUCAAUUCAUUCUCAUAUGAUUAAAACUAUUUCAGUUUUUAUUUCAGAGACCUGAAUGUUAAAAAAAACACCUGCUUUAGAGAUCCUUAUAGACAAUGAGACAAAAGAAUUGGAGAGAAACUCUAGUUUUGCAAGUGUAUUUUGCAUCAAAUAAUGCAAAAUACACUUGCAUUAUGGCAAUUGUUACUAGAUAGUUCUCUAGUUACAAUGGCAAUCGGUUCAGGAAUUUCCAUCACUAGGCGAUGCGAUAAUAAAGUAUGAUGUCAUGUAACUACAUAAUUUAGAAUGGCAAUUCCCGCAGUUCUCUGCCCUCAUUAAGUGAGGAUCAUGGGUCCUUAAGCGAGCAGCUCCUUGUAACUUCCUGCUGGCUUACAACAACCAAAGUCAGUGGGAAGUGCUAUUAGCCAUAAUUCAAAGUCUGACUCCAACCAUAAACCUGAUGUUGUUGUUCCAGCUGGCCUGUGCUUCAGAAUUGUCAGACUCAGGAACCAGUAAGAUUCAAUUAUGGCUGAUCUGUUAUAGGUAUCUCCUGUUUCCAAGUCCCAGACCUAGGCUCAUACAGAAGUGAGGCUUCUAAUGAAACAAAGGGCAAAUCAUGAGUAAUUGCAGUCAGCCGGUUGCAGACAAAUUUGAUUAGUUCCUGAGCUUCCAAGUCCUUGUUGGAAACAACCAUUUGGCUAUCCAGCUCUUGAAUCAUAUUUCUGCUUCUUGCUUGUGACUCUUGGCCUUUGGACUGGCUGACUGCCCAAUUUGGCAUCCUGGAUCUUUUGGAACAUCUCUGGACUAUGUCUGUUAUUUCUUUGACUGUAUUUGGCUCCCUUCAAGCAAGCAUUCUUUACUGGGCAUUUGAAUUUCAUUCCUGUCUGCUACUAUCUGCCUAAACUGCAGUAAAUAUUCCUGCUUCUACAGUACUCUGUUUUUGUCUGUGUGUCACCAACCUUAAAAAAGAACAGGAAGCUGACCAGAAGUUGCAAGCUCCAGGCAGCUUGCAAGCAGAUAGGCAGGUAAGUGGCUGCUGCUGGAUGCAAGGAGGUGUGUGAGUGGUAAGGGAGGCAUAGUGCAAGUGUGGCGGGGCUUGGGAUGGCUGCUGUUGUUUGGGAGAAGGGGCACAAAUGGCAGUGACACACCGUAUGAGGGCUGAGAGUCCCAGGGAAGGUGUGCCAGAGUGUGCAAGUGGCUGGGGAAGUGCAAGUACAGAAAGGCUGGGAGACAGGCAGGGAAGGUCACAUAUAAAGAUCAUGUGACCACAGGGUGCUGCACCAUAACCUUAUUAAGAGCCAACUGGAUCCUCUAAAUCAUGAUCCAAUGAUCAGGAGGGUACUGGAAUGGCCAGACAUUCAAGGACUAGUUGUAACCAUCAUUUGUUCAGUGCUAUCAUAACUUUGAAUAAUCGCUAAACAAAUGAUGAUCAUUAAUUGUGGACUACCUGUAUUUUACAGCACAAUUUUUAUAAGACAUGGGAAUCCUACUUAUUCUGGAUCAGAAACUACACAUUAUUUUGAAAGUCAAAUCCAAAAUUGGUAGCAUUGCUACAACACUGUACAUUACUGUACAUUAGACCAAUGUUAUUAAUCCUAUGUUGCAAAUUGGACUGUUUCAGGAGUUACAAACUACUUAAUUUAUGUUUUUAAUAAAGUUCAGUGUAUUAGACGUGUUCUAUGAAAUUGAUUUCAGUAGUAUUGAAUGACUGAAUAAUGUGUUAAAAAUAUGUUAUAGUUAGAAUUAAAGUAUAUACAAGUGGUUGUAAAUUGAGACACCAUGUGACUGGACAAAUAACUGUUUUUAUGAUAGUUGUAAAGAAUAUAUCAUCUAUUAGUUUAAAAAUAUUCAAAAUAGUCCAGUACUAUGUUCCAGGCAAUGGGGGAAUACCUCCAAAAUAGUAUUUCCAAUCUCUUAAAAGCUAUUUAAUUCAGCAAAUCACACAGCCAAAUAAGUUUUUGUAAAAAAAUAUUUUUUUUUACUCAACCCUCCUAAAUAUUAAAUACCUAAAUAUUAAAUACCAUUUGUAAUGGCAAGAUUGAUUAGAUGUUUUUUAUAUUCAUUUUAGUGUAUAGGUAGUUCUUUUACAACCACAACUGGAACCAGAAUUUUGGUUGUAAGUUGUUGUGGUUAUAAAUUAAGACACAAUGUGACCGGACUCAAUUUGCGACUGUUUUUAUGACAGUUGUAAAAUAAGUUACAACAAUGCUGGAAGCAUUGUUAGAGACCCCACAUACCAACUUCAUGGUCUGUUUCUGUUGCUCCCCUCUGGGAGGAGGUUUCCAAGUAUUUAUAGCAGGACUACCAGAUUCUGUAACAGCUUUGUUCCUUAUGCUACCUGCCUUGUAAAUUUGCAGGAUUCAUUUUGUCACCAUGUAUAUGUAUACAUUCGAACUAGACUGUGGUGUUUCUUUGUGUCAUAUACCAGUAUAUGUGUGUGUAGGUGAGCAUAUGCCUAAGGUUAUCUUUUGAGAGCUGAAUGCAAUGAAAUUUCAUUUUAAUGUAUGCUAAUUAGUGUACAUUUAAAGUGACAAUAAAGACUCUAUUCUAUUCUAUUCCAUUCCAUUCCGUUCCUCUCCACUCUAUUUCUCUCCUUAAUCACAUCUGCUCAUCCCAUCAGCAGGGAUGAGCAAAUGUGAGUUCUGGGUCCCAUCCACAAAGGAAUAUUAUCUUACCUGGCAGGACCCAAGAGGAAAGCCUUUUCAGCCAUGCCACCCACCCUUUGGAACAUCAUUUUCCUUGAGGUCAGGCUGGCCUCAACCUUGCUGGUCUUCCUGCAAACAUGAUUUUGCCUUCUAGCCUGGGAAUUUUGUAAUGUGAAUAUGGAGCCUGCAAAGUCAUCCUGAUUGUAUAAUGGUAUGCUAAUUAGGGAACAUUCAGAUAAGAGACAGCAUAGUCCACAGCUGAAUGUGGGCAAAACAAGAAACUCAGAAGAGACCCUCUCUAAGUUCUCAGGUCAUAAAAGUGACAGUGGGAGAUUUUUACUUUUAGAGUGGCUAUAUAAAUAAAUAUUCUCACUCACUAAUACUCUAUGAUCGUUCUUCCCUUCCUUCUGUCCUCUAUCUUUUCUAGUUCAUGGCCAACAAAUUCUGAUUUUUUUCUAGCAAUUCCCAUUUAAUUUGCUUUAGAAAUAAUGUUAAAAUAUUACUUAUUUAGGGAUUUUGUAUGGAUACCUUUCAUUGUACUGUCACCUCUCUGGCAGUCUCAGAAUAUAUGGCUUACCAAGUUUCAUUUAAAUCUUAAAGAAAGGCGUAAAUGAGGGAAAUUCUUGGGGGGAGGUUAGUAGCAAUCUUACUAUUAUUGCUAAGGGCGUAUCUUUCACUUUAGAAUUACUGGAAAAUGUCUCCUUCUUAGUAAGAAAUUCAGAAGAGUUCACCCAUCCAAUAUUUAUAUACACAAUUUGAUAAUGUAUCAAAUUGUGGCAAUUAAAUGGCAAGUUGAAUGCCAUUUAAACUUACCUCUAAUCCUUUUUGCUGACAUUUUUUGAUAUCUAUUGAAAAGUUUUCCAGAUCAGCGAUCACCAACUAGUGGUCCAUGGACCACUGGUGGUCUGUGUGAAAAUUUUGGUGGUCCCCAGAAAAAUUAUUUGCAUUUUUUUAUAUUGCACUAAAUUAGGGGUCCUCAAACUAUUGCUCCUGGGAUGGAUACGUGCAGUGAACGUUUGUGUUGCUGCAGAGUCUCCCCCUUCGGGAUCUUUUUGUGUGGGGCAGAGGGGGGCAGAAAUUUCGACUUGGGGUCUGCUUCAGGCUCCUGGUGUGGGGCUUUGGGCAAAGGCUGGAGGGAAAUGCCACUGGUGGUGAAGAGCCGGAGGGCCUUGUUCCAGUGGGACUGCCUCAUGGCCCGGAACUGGCUGAGCAUCUCAGCCCACUGAGCCUCCAGGUGCUGGUGCUUGGCCUUGCACUCCCGCAGGUCUUCCCUCCGCUUAUAGUCCUCAGUGAGGUGCUUCUGCUGAGCUGCCUUCUCGCUCAAUCAAAUUUGAACUGAGCCAGCUGUUUUGCCAACUCUUUCUCAUAGUGGCUGCUUAGCUCCAACAGUUGCUUCCUGUUGGGGCCCUAAAGAGCCCGGGCAGGUGAGGAGUAGCAAGUAGAGGCUGGCAAGGUGCCCCUUGAUGUGAGUGACAUUGAGUUGGCCAUGCCCACCCAGUCACAUGACCACUUUACCACGCCCACCCAUUAGGCAGAUCAUAUUAGUGGUCCACGGGAUUUAAAAUUAUAAAUUUAGUGGUCCCUGAGAGCCAAAAGGUUGGUGAACCUUGUUCCAGAUCAUGUUUAGAGUGAACUAUCCAUAGAUCGAAUAAAGGAAUGUAUCUACUUGAAUGAAGCGACUGAGGCAAAUAGGUGAUUGAAUCAGUAAUGGGUACCACAUACCUUCACUACCAGUUUGGAACUGUGAGCAAGCGCGCGCUUGCUUCGCUCGUGGUGCUUCUGCACAUGUGCAGAACCUUCUGCGCAUGCGCAGAACGUCCAUGAUGACGCCCCCGAACCGGGGCGAACCGGUAGAAAUCCACCACUGGCUUGAAUGGUCUUUAUACAAUACUAUAAUAAUCCUAUAGAUUAAUUACUAUAUUAUAUGCAACUACCUAAAAUACACAAUAGUAAUAGAGUAAUACUUCUCUAUCUUUAUUUUCACGUUUGGCAAAUCCAUUUACUUCAGGGGUGAAAUAUUACUGGUUCGCUCCGGUUCGGGGGAACCAGUAGUGAUAAAAAAACUACCUGUUCAGGCAAACCGGUAGUAAAAAAAAGCUACUGGUUCAGUUGAACCAGUAGUUUAAAAGCUACUGGUUCGGUCAACGAAGCUUUCGAAGUGCUGUCCCGGUGCCUGGAGGCCGUACGGGUCUGGAUGGGGAGAAAUAGGCUCAAGCUCAAUCCCUCCAAGACAGAGUGGCUGUGGAUGCCGGCAUCCCGGUACAGUCAGCUAAAUCCGCGGCUGACCAUCGGUGGCGAGUCAUUGGCCCCGAUGGAAAGGGUCCGCAACUUAGGCGUCCUCCUGGAUGAACGGCUGUCUCUAGAAGAUCAUUUGACGGCCGUCUCCAGGGGAGCGUUCUACCAGGUUCGCCUGGUACGCCAGUUGCGCCCCUUUCUGGACCGGGAUGCCCUAUGCACGGUCACUCACGCACUCGUGACGUCGCGCCUGGAUUACUGCAAUGCUCUCUACAUGGGGCUCCCCUUGAAGGGCAUCCGGAGGCUGCAGUUAGUCCAGAAUGCGGCUGCGCGGGUGAUAGAUGGAGCCCCCCGUGGCUCCCGUAUAACACCCAUCCUGCGCAGGCUGCACUGGCUACCUGUGGCUUUCCGGGUGCGCUUCAAGGUGCUGGUGACCACCUUUAAAGCGCUCCAUGGCAUUGGGCCGGGUUACUUACGGGACCGCCUACUGCUACCGAAUAUCUCUCACCGACCCGUGCGCUCUCACAGAGAGGGUCUCCUCAGGGUGCCGUCAGCGCGGCAAUGUCGUCUGGCGAUGCCCAGGGGAAGGGCCUUCUCUGUGGGGGCCCCCACCCUCUGGAAUGAACUACCCCCCGGUCUUCGUCAGCUUUCGGACCUCCGGACCUUCCGCCGCGGGCUUAAAACACAUUUAUUUAACUGUGCAGGGCUGAGCUAAAUUUUAAAUUUUAAAUUACUGGUUUUUAAAUUGGCUUUUAUUUUAUAUUUUUAAUUUUAAAUUAAUAGGCGUUUAGAAUAAGUUUUUUAACUGUUUUUAUAUUUCUUACAUUGUAUUUAUGUGUUUUAAAUGCCUGUACACCGCCCUGAGUCCUUCGGGAGAUAGGGCGGUAUAUAAAUUUGAUAAAUAAAUAAAUAAAUAAACAAAUCGUUUAAAAAAGCUACCGGUUUCUCUGAAUCGGUAUUUCUGAUGAUCAGCUGUGGCACGUGGUUUAGCUUUGCUAGAAAGCAGGAAAUCCUGGUUUUCAGCAAAGCUAAAUCACGCGGCACAGCUGAUCCCCCCUCGCUGUUCUACUUACCUUCCCAAGCCUCCUUUUGGUGCAUACUGUGCAUGUGCGCACAUGCAGCACGCAUUUCAUGCACAUGUGCGUUUGGCGUGCACUGUAAACUGGUAGCAAACCAGUUCAGAUUUCACCACUGAUUUACUUGUUCUUCAAUAGUGUAAAUAUGUCCUCAGCACUAUAGAAAACAUUGCUAUUGGAGGCAAGAAGUGUGGCUUCAGUGGGAAUCCACACUGCUUCUAGUUCAAAAUAUUUUAAAGUUGAAACACUGUGUAUGUCCCAAGUACGUUUUGCAUUUUCCAUAUUUACUGAAAGAUUUUUCAAGAUGUGCCAAUGUAUUCCUGCUAAAGUCCAAUUGCAGCAAAACACCUCUCAAGGGCAGAAAUCAAUAAAUUUCAUGAAUAUUGGCUAUUUCUCCAAUUAAUUUUUUUUAAUUUGAAUUUAUAUCCCGCCCUUCUCCGAAGACUCAGGGCGGCUUACACUGUGUUAAGCAAUAGUCUUCAUCCAUUUGUAUAUUGUAUACAAAGUCAACUUUUAUCGCCCCCAACAAUCUGGGUCCUCAUUUUACCUACCUUAUAAAGGAUGGAAGGCUGAGUCAACCUUGGGCCUGGUGGGACUUGAACUUGCAGUAACUUCAAGCAGCUGUGUUAAUAACAGACAGACUUAGUCUGCUGAGCCACCAGAGGCCCUUGUGGCAAUCCUUGUUGCCAGGAAGUAAGAACUAUUCAAAAAUGUAAAUCCAUAUGCCCAUUUUGCACAGAGAACAAAAACGGUAUUUUUGUACAGUUGUUGGAUAGGAAAUGUGAAAACAAGGACUGGAUUUUUUUAUUUUGAGAAUGACUGUUGCUUAGGGCUCGCUCGCUCUCCCUCCCUCCCUCCCUCCCUCUCCCUCCCCCCCCCCUCUCUCUCUGGAAGCAACAGGAAAUUUCUAAAAUGAAGUAAUGAACUAAGCUGGGCUCUUUUAAAAUAAUUAAUGACUGCCAGGAUAAUAGAUGUCAACAAGAGGGAUGAGGUGAAUUGAUCUAGUUUUUUUCUUUUUCAAGUGCUGAAAUUCAAUAAAAAUUCAAAUAUUAAUCCUGAAUUCUUAGCAUGCCCCUUGUAAUGUCCAAUUUUUCAAAAGAAAAAGUAUUUUGCACAUAAUUUAUAUUUAAAAAAGACCUUAAAAGAUAUUAAAUGCAAAUUUAUGAUAGUUAUGAAAUCAAGACAUUUGCAAUCACAAUCCAAAGCACUCUGUUUGAGAACACAGAUUCUGUAAAUAACCAAGAAAACCUCAGCUGGCGAGGUUGCCUUAGCCCUCAAGCAGAUAGCCUAAUCAUCAUCAGCCUCUGUAGGCUGGUCAAGAGUCAAAUGUCUGACUAAAACAGCUUUGCAACACAAGCUUUAUUAUGUUGCUUUAUAUUGAAAAGAGAAUGAAUUUUAAACUUAAGCCAUAAGAUACUCUCUUUAAACAGAAACAGCUGUUAAGUUCACAGACUGCAGCCAAUAUCAAUAUUUUAACAGAUUAACUAAAAUUUUUUAAAGUAU